UGGAAACCAGCCAUUGACUAGUAGGAUUGACCUUAAUAAGCCUGACGUGAAUGAUUUUAAAGAAUGAGGUCACACUCGAAAUAUGGAGACCGAGGCAAUUCAAGCAUCUAGAUCGAGUGCGAGUUCUAUCGUACUAUAUAAUUGACAGCUUUCCCGUAUAUUGUUGAAGUCGCACAUCAUACAACAAUCAUUAUAACAAUAUCACAUCAGUACUCCGUCUACAAAUCACCAUGUCGCCUCCUGCAUACAAGCGUCUCGACAGAGACAACUGCGUCUUCCUCUUUGUUGAUCACCAGUCUGGGCUAGUCCAACUGGUCCGUGACUUUGACCCCAAUGAAUUUCACACAAAUGUUUUGGGAUUGGCUAAGGUGGCAGCUUACUUUAAAGCGCCUGCCAUCCUGACUACCUCUUUUGAAACUGGGCCUAAUGGCCCCAUCGUCAAAGAGCUUCCGGAGAUGCUCCCCAAUGCACCCCUGAUUCGUCGCCCCGGGCAAAUCAAUGCCAUGGACAACGAGGAUUUUGCCAAUGCUGUCAAAGCAACCGGCAAAAAGCAGGUCAUCAUCAGUGGUGUAUUGACUGAAGUCUGCGUUGCCUUCCCCGCUCUCAGCUUGAUUGAACAAGGCUAUGAUGUCUUUGUGGUCACUGAUGCGUCUGGUACCUUCAAGGAGCACACGAGGGAAGCCGCCCAUAAGCGGAUGGUUCAAGCAGGCUGCCAGCUUCUCAACUGGGCAGCUGUUGGUGCUGAGCUUCACAGAGAUUGGCGCCGGGAUAUCGAAGGGUUCGGUGCAAUCUGGAAUGACUAUGUUCCGGGUUACAGGUGCUUGACGCAAAGCUAUAUGGCAACCAAGGAUACCUCAAAGUAAAGAGGCAGUGCUCCUAACACUCAAUCGGUGUUUAAUUCGAAUGUCACAUGUGAGGCCCGAGGCUCAACAUCUUAACUUAAAACUUUUGAGAUUGAAUUAAAUUAUCGUUUAUCCGGUUGCAAUAUUUGAUUUGAGGUGUCCUAUCCCGCAAGAUAGAAUUAUUACAACUUUGAAACGGAAGCCGUUCUUCAAGAUCCAGAAAAUUCCCCAAAUUGAAUGAAAUUGAG